GCCCGGCCCAGCAGAUACUUGCCACCCCCGCGCCCCAAGCAUGGCACGCGAGUCUUUGUUCGUAGCGCUAGCCGCGCUUUUGCUAGUAAACGCCUUCGCCGCAUCCGUCAGCUUCUCCGAGAGCGAGUCGGCCUCGUCAUCGUCCGAAUACGACGAGGAGUGGGAGCAGCAGCACCGCGCCAAGAGGCACGUCUCUGGCAAUGUGGGCCUCGGUGUGGACGGCGACGCGCAGGUGAGCUCCGGCAGGGGCUCCGGUAGGGGCAGCGGCUCCGGCAGGGUGAACGCCGGCGGCAGCGUGGGCAGCUCCGGCGUGAGGGCCAACCUCGGCACCUCCGGCAGCGCCGACCUCUCGGCCAGCGAUGCGGAGCACAACCAGCUCCUCGAGAUGAUGAAGGCUCUCGACGCCAACAUGGACCUUGAAGUCGAAACCGGAAACAGCGGCAGACGCAGCAGCAGCAGCGGAAGAGGAAGGGGAAACAGCGGGGUGUCCGUCAGCGCCAGCACCUCCUCGUCGAACAGGUUCGCCCCCAGGACCUCGUCAUCCAGCAGCAACUCAAACAGCGAGCUCCAGCGCCGCGCCGAGGAGGCUCAGCGAAAGAUCAACUCUCAGGUCAGCGACAUCGACGCGAGGGUCAUCGCUUCCGGUCAGGCCAGCUCCUCGAGCCGCAGCACCGCCGGCCAGCAGUCCAGCACCUCUAUCCGCGCCUCUGGCUCCUCCGGCCAGCAGAGCACCACAUCCAGGACCUUCCAGCUGGGCGGCAGGGGAGGCCCCAGCCUGGCGAUCGGCGUCAACCGUAGUAGCGGUUCUGAAGACAACGGCCGCUCCAACGGCCUCGGCCUCAGCCUCAGCGGCAGUAUGGGCGGUCAGUCUGGCAGCUCCGACUCCAACGGACGAUCCAGCGGCCUCGGCCUGAGCCUUCCUGGCAUGUCUAGGCGUAACGGACUCGGCCUCAGUCUCGGCGGCAGCCUUGGUGGCGGCCUGUCUGGCAGCGGAUCUAACGGACUGAGCGUGAGCGGCAGUGGUCAGUCCGGAAGCGGUUCCAGCGGCCUCGGCCUCAGCCUCCCUGGCAUGUCCAGGCGCAACGGACUGGGCCUCAGCCUCGGCGGCAGCCUUGGUGGCGGUCUUGGUGGCGGCUUGUCUGGCAGCGGAUCUAACGGACUUAGCUUGAGCGGCAGUGGUCAGUCCGGAAGCAGUUCCAACGGCCUCGGACUUAGUGUAAGCGGCAGUCGCGGAGGCAGCCAGUCUACUGGCUCCGGCCAGAACGGCCUCGGACUCGGCAUGAGCCUGGGUGGCCGUCGGUCCGGCAGCGGAUCCAAUGGCCUCGGACUCAGUUUGGGAGGCAGUCGCGGAGGCAGCCAGCCUAGUGGCUCCAGCUCAAACGGCCUCGGCCUCAGUGUAAGCGGCAGCAUGGGUGGCCGCCAGUCCGGUGGCUCCAGCUCAAACGGCCUCGGCCUCAGCCUGGGCGGCAGUCGCGGAGGCAGCCAGCCCAGUGGCUCCAACUCAAACGGCCUCGGACUUAGCCUGAGCGGCGGUCUGGGUGGUUUGGGUCGCAGGCCCUCCCUUUCCCUUGGUUCCAGUUUGGGCUCCACUCUCGGCCGUAGUGCUUCAGGCGCCGCCGAAACUGCUGCUCGCCGCGGCGAAUCCCUCCUCGGAGGCCUCACCGCCGGCCUCUCACGGUCCAGCAGCAGCAGCCCUAGCCAGAACCGUCUGCGUGGCCUCAGCCUCCCUGGCCUCAGCCUCCCCGGCAUGAGCCUCCCCAGCCUCAGCAUCGGCAGCAACCGCAGGGCUAGCGGCCGCAACAGCACCAGCGGCGGCUCCGGCGGCCUCGGCUUCCAGAUCGGCAACCUGGCCGUGUCCGCCGACCUGUCAGGCGGCCUCCGCAGCCAGGUCCAACAGGGCGUCGCCAACCGCGUCGGCUCCGGCAACACCCUGAGGAGCCGGCUCGCUAACCGCAUCGGCGGUGCUGCCCAGGGUGGCAUCAACGCCACUCUGCGCGGCGUGAACGCGGCCACCGGCCUCGGCCGCGGCGGCGUCGACCUCGCCACCCGCUUCACCAACGGCCUCGUCUCCCGCGGCAGGCAGAGCGGCAACCGCUCCGUCAGCCGCGUGCAGACCGUGGCCAACCUGGCCCGCAGCGCCGUCGACACGGCCGCCAACCUGGCCGAGGCCGGCGCCAACGUGGGCAACAGCGUGCGCGGCGCCGUCCUGGACGGCGUGUCCACCGGGGCAGCGAGGGUCGCCUCGCUCAACAACGCCGGCCUCAACCUGGCCAGCGGCCUCGCCAACACCGCGGCGAACCUCGCCUCCGGCGUGGUCAGCAACGCCGUGGACUCGGCGAGCAGCGCCACCAGCAUCAUCCGCAACCCCCUGUCCGCCCUCUCAGCCGCCAGGGACGCCCUGACCAUCUCCGGCGACGCCUCGCUCAACCUGCGCGGCCCGCUGGGCUCCUUCAGCGUCAGCUACGGCCAGGACAGCUAGAACUAUUGUAACGUCAGAGAAUAAACGACCAGACCAGGGUAUUACACCACCAUGA